CACCCCCUGGCACUGUGUUGGUGCCACAACUACCACCAGCUGGCACUGUGUCAGUGUCAGAACUACCACCACCUGGCCCUGUGUCAGUAUCAGAACCACCACCACCUGGCACCAUGUCAGUAUCAGGAUCAUCACCACCUGGUACUGUGUCAAUGUCAGAACCACCACCACCUACCAUUUUGUCAGUGUCAGAACCACCACCAUCUGCCACUGUGUUACGUCAUCAACCAACUGUCAACGCAAGAGAUCAUCAACCAACUGUCAGCACACCAGAUUGUCAAAUUAUCGUCAGCACAAUAGAUCGUCUAACAACUGUCGGUACAAUACAUCAUCAAACAACAGCCAACAUACUAGAUCCUCAAACAACUGUCAACAUACUAGAUCCUCAAACAACUGUCAACAUACUAGAUCCUCAGGCAACUGUCAGCCCAUCGGAUUAUCAACGGCCUGUCACAACAUCUGAUUCUCAAAAACUAGUGAGGCUCCAGCUCUCUGUCCCCUACAAUCAGGGGGACCGAUGCGGGUUUCGGCUACAGAAGAUGAUUCGUCGUACAGCACGUGACGUGCUGCACCAGGUGUACGAAUGGGGGACCCAGGAGUUGGCCAUCAACGUGCCCUUGCACGAGUACCUUCAACACGAGCGUAAACUCAGGAAAAAACAAAUAAACCAGAUCUUCAACAAGUCGAUGCUGGACACGCUGACAGCUGACCCUUCCGGUGUUACUUAUGACAUAUCUUUAUUGUAUAAGUGUAUCCAGAUGGUGUGUCAGCAUCUGGCACCCGCUAACAACUCUGCGUGGUGGACUCCAGCCAGCACCCUGGAAUUUACAAUAACUUCCAUUAAAAAUUUUCGCAAUGAUCAAGUGCACAUACAAGUUCCACUGACUCAAGCUGAGUUCAUCAACAAGACUGAGGAGCUAAGAGAGCUACUGAGAGCCGCUUUAGAAACAGCUGGAGAGAAGUACAACAUCGACCUCGGCACUGUAGAGCAAUGUGUCUUCAAGAUGGACCAAAGCAUCAGCCUCUUAAGGAACGAACCUUUUCAACAGUGGAACAUCACAAGUGUCGAAAAUGAAUUGUUGUUUAAGGAAGGUUUGGAGCUUUUGAUGUCAGUUGGUUUACAAGAACUCAAAGAGAACUAUACCAAAUGGUCCCACAUCAACCCAAUGUCAUUUCUGGAUGAAACCGAAUUUCAUCCCCAAGUGAACACAAUGUUCACCCAAAUGGAAAUAGUACUAGAAAAACGCUGUGUUAGAAGUCAAGCAAUUAAGAACAAAGAUUUAUUACAAUACGUAGCUGAUUCAACAAGCAAUAAUAUCACCAUGUUGGAAGGAGUAGCCGGGGCAGGAAAGACUACCCUUACUAAAAUGAUCAUGUCUGACUGGAUUACCGGCAGUAGUUCUAUAGACAAACUUACAAAUUUCAAUUUGUUGCUCUACAUGGAAUGUAGAAAUCCAGUCGUUCAGUCUCUGUCACAGUUGUUGUCGACUUUAAUGCCCAAAACUGCGCGGAAAUUCCGAGAGAAUGAUAUAGUUAAAUGUGUUCUACAGUUUAAAACUAUUGUCAUCGUGGAUGGUCUUGACGAACUUAAUAUAUCAUCGACAAAGCUUCUCAAGGAAAUACUGAGCAUUAAAUCUUCCUAUGAUAUUGCUAUAUUCUGCACUACAAGGCCAGAGAAAGUCAAUGAUUUUUUCAAAAUGGUACCAGCGGGUCUUACAACAACCUAUCUUAAGAUAAUUGGUAUUCAAGACAGCAUGAGGGAACGCUUUGUUGAACUGUAUCACGAGGAAAUGAAAAAAGUUGGCAUGAGUACUCAGGAGACGUCUGGACUCAUUACAUAUAUGAGAAAGACACAGAAUCAACUACAAGAGCAUCUGAGACUCCCACUGAACCUGGUGCUUCUGACUUUCUUGUGGGCUGUCGGUGGAGAUAAGGUAAAUAUAGUGACAACAGCAACUGAACUCUACUCAGAAAUUCAUACACUUAUGCUUGAAAAGUUAUUGGAGAGACUUAAGGCUCAUUCUUUGACAGAACUGCUAGAAACUUCGCAGCUCAGAAGCAAAAUCCACAUAUUUUUGUCAAGUUUGUAUCGAGAAUCUUUAGUUAGCCUCAAGAACGAAAAUAUUGUGCUGACAGAUGAGUCGAUGAAGAACCUUAAAGACGUAUGUUCAAAAAUUGGCUUGCCACAAAAAGAAAUGAUGAGCGCUUACUUAAGUCAAAAAACUCUAUGGACUAUGUCUGGAAUUCAAAUGAGGCUUAUCAUUCCCCAUAAAGGCCUCCAGGAUUUUUAUGGUGCAAUGUACUUGCUUGAAAAGUGCACAAAUACACUUGAGGAAUCAGGAUUUUUGGGGAAGAUGGUAAGAAUAAUCGUUGCCCCCUUCAAAACUAGCAGCAUUGUUAAAGGUCUGAAACAAAUUCACAAAACUGACACCGAUCCUUUGCAACUUGAGAAGUAUCAGAAUGUCUUGAUUCAUCUCACUGGUCUCCUGCACAUAAGAGCAGAGAAUGUCCCAAUGAAUGUAACUAACGAGUUGGUCACACUGCUGAGGGAGUCUGGUAUAAGAAACCGAGACGAAUGGCUGGACAUGUUAUCUAGCGUCAAGUGUAACCCAAAUAUGAUCAAAAUUCUGGUAAAGCAAAUUCCAAAUUUCCUCAUGGAAGAUGGCAGAGUAGAAGUGGAAGACUCCCGGGUAGACUGCUACACUAACCUUCUACCAAGAAUGACUCCUAAAGAAGUGAUAGUGAAGAUCAAGAGGAAGCCACAAGACAUUCCCCGACUAGAGGCACUCCUUGAGUUGCUAAGCCUCCAGGCGCAGCAGACUUGUCAGUACCAAGUGGAGUUACAUCUGGAGUACCUUUUCCGUCACCCAGGCGCUCUUCACUCCUCCCUCGACUCCAUCCUCCAGCGCAUCUUUCAAAAGUGCAGUGUGAGGAGGUACAGAGGUGGGUUCAGCCCUGGGCUGUGCUCAGUGUUGUCACACACGCUGAAAGAACUAUCUAUAUCUAUAGCUACACCAGAAGACGGACCACUGCUAGCAGCUGCACUCAACACACCCUCCUCCCUCCUUCCUCGACUACCAAGUCUCAACAAACUAUGUGUGCAUGUUGGCCAGGAGGUGGAAGCGUCAAUGCUGGUGCCACUUCCUCCACUGAGAUACCUUGAGGUGUACCUGAGCCAUGUCACUAGGCAGCGCGUUCCAUGGGCUGUUGAGGUUGCCAGGUCCCUCCAGCCAGUCGCCAGAGGAUUCAGCUGCAUGAGGCUGGCUAGCUGUGAUCUCAGCGUGGAGAGCUGUCAGCAGUUGAUGCAGCAGCUGACCGCUACAGGAGUGACAGUGUGGGGUGGCUUCUAUGUCUCCUCCACUAACAUCCCACAGGUGGAGGAGGCACAGCUCAGGGACUUCACUGACGACCUUAUGGGAUGUGUUUUUUGGAGGAUGGACAAGGAGAACAUCUGGGUGUACUAGCAAGAAGGAGAACUUAAAAUUGCUACACACAACAGCUACUUCGCUGCUGCCCCAGUCAUUCUGUACAAUAAACAUUCACAUAGAACCUUAAUUGAAAGUGGAGAUAAAUGAACCCCCAUGAAGGAUAUCUGAGCAUAUUAAAUCCGACUUGGGGUAUGACUUAUUGAUGGAGUAUGAGCAAAAACAGCUUAGCUGGUUUUGGAAGUUGAAAAUUCAAUACUUGCAGUUUGUGAGUAACGUGUAGGUCAGUGGUCAGAAAGUUACAUUCAGAGCCACAGUAUACCUCAAGGUUAUCAAGUACACAACUUUUGCUCCUGGGUUCAUUAACUAUCUGUUUUUGCCUGAGAAACUAAUAUUUAAAUCAGUAUGAACAUAUCUACUAGGAACCUCUGGUUAUAGUGGGAGUACAAUGGGAAAUAAAUCACUUUGUCUUACUUUUUUUGGGUCAUCCUGGAUGAUAAUUUACAUAUGUUACUAUAUAUAAUAAUUGUACUUAUGUAUACCUGUACCUAAAUAAACUUACUUAAUCUGCAUGAACACAUUUGAACAACUAUUAAAAUUCAAAUUCAAAUGUAUAUUUCUCUGUAAAGAUUACAAUGGGUGGUUUACAUAUAGAACAAUAAUUACAAAGAAGGCCACUAGCAGGCCUAACAGGCCUAGGCAUUUCGUGCAGAAAAAUAGUAAUUCUUACUCUAUAUUACAUAUGAUUAAAUGGAUUUACAAUAGUGAGGUAGUUCAGAACAUUUAAGAAUAUAAGAACUUGAAAAAUUAGUAAUGAGAAUGGUUGUGUUGGCAUGAUACAAAGUUUAUAUUAAAGUUCCUAUACAGAAGUAUGUCUGCUAAACUUACGACUACCUUCACAUUUAUUAGGUAAUGACUAUAUUUGGAAUUUUAUGUUUAGUCAUUUGCGUCAGUGUAGGUGUAAAUGUGUGUGUGUGUGUGUGUGUGUGUGUGUGUACUCACCUAUUUGUACUCACCUAUUUGUGGUUGCAGGGGUCGAGUCCUAGCUCCUGGCCCCGCCUCUUCACCGGUUACUACUAGACCCUCUCUCUCCCCGCUCCAUGAGCUUUAUCAAACCUCGUCUUAAAACUGUGUAUGGUUCCUGCCUCCACUACGUCAUUUUCUAGGCUAUUCCACUGCCUUACAACUCUAUGACUGAAGAAAUACUUCCUACUAUCUCUCUGACUCAUUUGUGUGUGUGUGUGUGUGUGUGUGUGUGUGUGU